CGCGUCUCCGGCACCAUGUCUGGUCUGUGUGGCCUACGAGCGCGGCGUGGCCGCGGCCCGUUGGCGUGGCUGCUCCUGCUCCUGCUCGGCCCCGGCUCGGUCCUCGCCAUCUCCUUCCAUCUGCCCCUGAACUCCCGCAAGUGCCUGCGCGAGGAGAUCCACAAGGACCUGCUGGUGACGGGCGCCUACGAGAUCACCGACCAGUCUGGGGGCGCCGGCGGCCUGCGCACCCACCUCAAGAUCACAGAUUCUGCUGGCCAUAUCCUGUACUCCAAGGAGGAUGCAACCAAGGGGAAAUUUGCCUUUACCACGGAAGAUUAUGACAUGUUUGAAGUGUGUUUUGAGAGCAAGGGAACAGGGCGGAUACCUGACCAACUCGUGAUCCUAGACAUGAAACAUGGAGUGGAAGCAAAAAAUUAUGAGGAGAUUGCGAAGGUUGAGAAGCUGAAACCUUUAGAGGUGGAGCUGCGCCGCCUGGAGGACCUUUCCGAAUCCAUCGUGAAUGAUUUUGCCUACAUGAAGAGACGCGAGGAGGAGAUGCGGGAUACCAAUGAGUCAACAAACACUCGAGUCCUGUACUUCAGCAUCUUCUCCAUGUUCUGCCUCAUUGGACUCGCCACCUGGCAGGUCUUCUACCUUCGCCGCUUCUUCAAGGCCAAGAAGCUGAUUGAGUAAAUGAGGCACAGCCCCUCCCACCUCUUAUCUCACUCAGCAGAACAUCGCUGGAACAGGCCUGACUAAUGGCCCGCCAACAGCACCAUCAAGGCACGUUGGAGCUUUUCUUGCCAGAACUGAUCUCUCUUGGGGUGGGGGGACACGGGGUACCACCUAGACCCAACAAGCCAAUGAGGGACUUCUUUUUAACUUGGUAGGAUAUGGACUGGUUUUUCAACAAUAGGUCUCUUAGGGUCACCUUUGGGGGGGAAAAAAACUAAACAGACUCGGGGUUACCUAGAUAAUGCCAAAGCCAGCAUUUGUACUGGGUUUCCUCAUGGGAUCAGUUUGAACCAGGUUUUCCUUCCUUCUCCCGCUUGCCCAGCUGCUUGGGCUCCUGCUCUUAAUUCCUUUACCAAGACCCCUUUGGGUUUCCUUGUGAAAACGCCCUUAGCUUUCACUGACCCUUAGCUGAAAUAUGUAGAUAGCACCUGGUGAUAAGCCUUUUCAUAACUCUCCGUCUCUCAAAAGUGAAGGAUGUGGUGAGGUUUGAACUGUCGCAACUCUUAAAGGACAUUUGUUUAGAAAAUUAAAAUGUUUGUGCUCAACUGCUUGAUCUUUGUGCCCCCCUUUUGUGUAUGUGUUUUUAUUUCUGUGCAGUUUUAUCAUGGGUACAGAUUGUAUGAUGACCACCACAGUUCCAUCACACAGAUCCCUCUGCUACAAUUUUAUAGCCAGAGCCACCUUCCUUUCCCCUCCUCCAAGUCUGGCAACCACUAAUGUCUUCACCUCUGUAACGUGGCAUCGUGGAAUCGUGUCGUGUGCCCUUUGGAGAGGCGCUUGUCUUGAACCUGCCAUGCUGUUACAGGUACCAGGAGCUGCUCCUUUUCGUAACUGAGCAGUGCGCUAAGGCCCGGCUGUGUCACAGCUGGUUUAACCGCGCCCCAUUACAGCACACGUGGUGCUUGUCAGUUUGGGGACAUUGUGAAUAAAGCUGCUGUGAACAUUUGUGUA